AUGGGUGUCUCGCACUUGCUGGCCUCGUGGAUUUAUUAUGGUUUUUGGCCCGUCACCGCGGCGAUUUUAUAUUUUGCCCCACCUUUCUUUGGCCCUAUUUGGAUCCCUCAGUUAGAGUUAGAUUUGGUGCUAGUUGGGCUAGUUUUACUGGGGCCCACUAAAAAAAUCUCCCUCCCGCACCAGAUCCCUCCGUCCCGCACCCUCCCUUCGCGACUCCUCUCCCGUUCCCCAUCGCGCCGCCGCCUAAGCGCCGCGCCGGCGGAACCCCAGGCGCGCCCUCCUCCGGCCGCCGCUCGCCCUCCUCCGGCCGAAGAUCGCCCCACUCCCCCGUCACCGGUCGUCUCUCUCUCUCUCUCUGUCGUGCAUGGUGGCGGCGCAUCUACCAGAGAUCCAGCGAGAGGUAGUAUAGCUUGGAGCAAAGCACCCGUGAUGGACGGAGACGGCUUCGACGUGUGGAGUUCUGAAGAGGAAGAAGAAUAUGAUGGAGGUAGCACAAGUGAGGAUGAGAUCAUAUCCAUGUGCCGCAACAAUUUGGUGCAGUCUGAGAAUUUAUCUUGAAGUAAAAUUUAUCAUGUUUUUGAUACUUGAUUUGUAAAGAUAAUUUGUUUAUGUCAUUACUGAGCGGGAGGAGGCCACACAAGAUCCGACCACAACGAAUCCGGUUGAAAAGAGGGCCAAAUGAUUGAGAAGUGCAUUUAUUGUCAA